GCAAAAAUUUCGAUGCACAAGCAAACAAGAAUUUACGCCACUUUUAGUCUCAAUUCGAUAUUAUGCCGGCAAAGAAAAAAAAAACUACCUCUUCCACAUGGAUAGACGAAUCUAGGCAAUUUUCGCGAAAUGUCAUCGAGGAUGCAUUAAGGGAACUAAGAAGCAAUGAUAACCAAAUGUUGUCGCAAACCGAGCGUAAGGCUCUUACCCAAUUGGAAAACAAAUGGAAGGACAGAUUCAAGCCCGACGAACGAAUGCCAACAUCAAAUCCCAGACCUUUGACUCCACCGUCACGUCGCAAAAAACGCAAAAGUAACCAAAUCAAAAAUUCUCUGCCGGUACCAGAAUUUUUACCGGAGCCACGUGUGAAUCUGAAUGAAACGGAUGACGAUGCGAUCAUAAUUAAUCGCAUUUGCAUACCACGCCUUCGAGAUUUUUGGACAACACGCAAAUUUGAUAUCUUCGUGCCAGCAAAGGCCGUAAAAUAUAAUUUGCUUAGUUCGAUGUUCAAUUGGGAAAUGCUGGACAGGAUUAUGGAAUUGCCCGAGAUCGAGGGCAAGGACAUGUUGCAGAAUUAUGCAGAUGAACAUCUACUAAAUGUAUCUGCCAAGAUACAACAACUCCCAGAUGAAGAAGACGAAAAGGAAUAGAACAUAUGUCGAACAUAUGUUAACUAAUAUGUUUAUAAUGUUUUAAAUAAAAUACAUUGUAAAAUUCUAAAACCAA